GUAAAUAAUCCAUUUUCCACUACAUAAAUAAAAAUACCUAUGAUGUAGCCACAUCCUGUCCACGGCUUGGUUGCAUGUAACCUCUUUGGUAACCAUAGUAUGCACUUCGAUCACAUUUGAAUAUAAUGAAUGCGUCCUAUCCAUGUGUAUACUAUAUUAACUAUAGUCUAUAACGAAAGCCUAUAUAGUCAAUCGUCAUUCAUCAUUAAGUACAGUUGACACAUCUUAAUCUUAAUCUUUUUAGAUUAAACUGGUCAGAAAAUAUUUUAAACGUAAUUUACCUGUAUAGUAUAUUGGUUAUUUGUCAAACGGAAUUCCCACCGAAUUUUGAUCCAACUAUGUCCUUUCCUUAUAAUUCAGAUGAAGAGGAAUGUGCCACCGCAGAAUACGGCAAUGACGACACAGUCGACCUGACCAUGGACAAUGAUAAUAUUUCAAUUGUUACAACAAUGUCGAACGAAUCUUCAUAUGCAUCAACUGAUAUUACACCUGCUAGUCAGCAGGUAGAAUACAUAUUUGACUUAACUGACGAUGAUACCAGCUCCACAGAUAUAAGCUCAUUGGAUAAUAAAUUACCUUUUGCUGAAUCAGACGUUACUACUCCGGUUAUUCACGACAACCGGCCGAAUAUGAAUGUCACUAGUUCAAAACUGACGUUGGCAAAAAAGAUCAUUUGUAAGAGUUGUUUGAAUUUUAUGGUCAUAUACACAAAUUAUAUAUAUUCAAGAUGUGUCUUCUGCAAUGAUGUCAUCUGACUUUCAUAAGCCUACCGAACUGCACACCGAAUUGAUAUACUAUAUACGUAUACAAUUAUAUUAGUACUUAUCUUACAUUUAAGAGAACUAAUUUAUUCUACUUAAAAAUUAUAAUUUUGAUUGUAUUUUGUUUAUUAUUAUUAAUAAAUUACCUGUAAGAUAUGAAUUAACAAUUAUAA